AUGUCAUUUUUAGUUGAUUCGCUUUUAAUGGUGGUUUCAUUGAUAUUGUUCUUAUUUGGAGGCUGGGUGUUCUUCCUGAAGCAACUGUACAAGGAUUAUGAGGUUCACCAUUCUGUGGUGUCGCUGGUCUUCUCGGUGACCUUUGCCCUCUCCUGCAUCAUGUUUGAGCUGAUCAUUUUUGAAAUCCUGGGUGUCAUGGAGUCAAGCUCCAGGUUUUUCCACUGGAAGCUUGGUCUGUACGCUAUCCUGUUUGUGCUGAUUGCCGUCUUGCCCUACUACAUCGCUUACUACCUCAUUCAGAAUGUCAGACUGGUUCCUCAGAAGCGUCAUGUGCGAAUUUUUUUUGCUGGUGGAGCCUGGUGCGUCACCUUAUAUCUUUUCUGGAGAGUUGGUGACCCAUUCCCCAUCUUAAGUCCCAAACACGGGAUCUUCUCCAUCGAGCAGUGCAUUGGGCGUGUAGGAGUCAUCGGUGUCACACUGAUGGCUAUUCUCUCAGGGUUUGGUGCCGUCAACUGUCCCUACACUUAUUUGUCCUACUUUAACAGGCACGUCACUGGUGCUGACAUCCAAAGUAUUGAACGGCGUUUGCUUCAGACAGUGGAUCGCAUCAUCACUAAGAAGAAAAAGGUAGCCUUAUCGGAGAGGGAUAGUCUGCGCAGAGCCAGCCUCAGUACUCCAUCCAAGGGUAUUUGGGGACUCCUGAAGAGUGCGGCCACAGGCGUGGGCUCUGGUGCUGAGAAUCUAGGCCCACUGAAGCAAGAAACAAAAGCCUUAGAAGAAUUAAGUCGACAGUUAUUUCUUGAAACAGCCGACCUUCACGAUGCUAGGGAUCGUAUUGAGUACUCAAAGACAUUCAAGGGUCGUUACUUCAACUUUCUUGGGCAUUUUUUCUCCAUCUAUUGUGUUUGGAAAAUUGUCAUGGCAACCAUCAAUAUCAUCUUUGAUCGUGUUGGAAAAGUAGACCCUGUGACCAGAGGAAUUGAAUUUGCGGUCAAGUACUUUGGCUUUGAGUUUGAUAUCAAGUUCUGGUCUCAGCAGAUUUCCUUCUUCCUGGUCGGAGUUAUCAUUGUGACCUCCAUCCGAGGCUUCCUCAUCACACUUACCAGAUUCUUCUACGCUAUUGCCAGCAGCAAGUCCUCCAACGUCAUUGUCCUGUGCCUGGCUCAGAUCAUGGGAAUGUACUUCGUCUCCUGUGUGCUGCUGAUGAGGAUGAACAUGCCACAAGAGUACAGACUUAUCAUCACAGAGGUGUUAGGAGACCUGCAGUUCAACUUUUACCACCGCUGGUUUGACGUGAUCUUCCUGGUCAGUGCUGUGUCCAGCAUGAUCUUCUUGUACAUUGCCCACAAUCAGAGCCCAGAGAAAAGCCUGCACAGAUAGCCACCGCCCGCCUGGGGCAGGGUCCUCGUGUUUGUUUGUGUUCGGUGCUCGUCAAGUUUGGUGUUCGUCGAGCUCUUGUGUUUUUUUGUCAUUACUUUAUGCUUAAUGCUGUACUGGAUUCUACUUCGGAGAAAUUUUGAUUGAAACUCUUUUCAUGUCUGUCUCCUGUGUGCUGGCAGUUUUUUGUGGUUGACUUGUGUUUAUUAUUAUUUUGUUUGUUAUCGUUUUUGUUUACACACACACAUACACAUAAUACACACACACACUCACUCACACCCACACACACCCAGUCAAACCUGUCCGAGACAUCCACCCAUUGUUGAGGAGAGAACUGGUCGUCUUGAAAGCUGAUCUGACUAUGUCAUUGUGUAAUACAGAAAAAAAAAGGAACACAAAGGGUCAAGGGAAGAGUGGUCGUUUGUAUAGAGGUGAUUGUCUUUGACAGGUGGUCAUUAACAACAUGCUACCUCUGAAUUGCAAAUUUCUAUGUGACAUUUUGGCUGUUUUGAGAGUCAGUAAGAGUAAGACCAUGAGGUCAGAAUCAAAUGUUCUAAUUCUCUCUGCUCUAUCAAAAUCAUGAGAUUAUUCGGAGCCGUUAUCAAGAUAUUCAAUGAUUGAAUUGCGUUUGAAAAAGCUUAGAUCUAAUUAACAUGAAACUCAAAAUCUCUGACGUCAAAUUUCUCAAAACUAGGUUCUGAGCAGAUAAAACUUUGUAAUUCUGAUGUAGCGAAUAAGUAGGGCCUACAUUACUGAACCCUACAUUCUUUUUUCUUUUCUUAUUUUGAAUUUUUUUUUUUUUGGGGGGGGGGGGCGCACACAGCUUCAGGCCUGCCAAGCAGCUGAGUAAAAUAUCAGAUUUCUCAGAUUUGUUCCCCCCUCUCUGAAAGUGAAAGACUGAAUUUAGUUCUGCAGAAACCAAACUGCCAUGAGGCCCUGUGCGAUCGACUGUGAUAGACAGAGCACGAAUAAUAAUUAUUAUAUUGUAGCCUGCCAGAGUCGUUCUUUCCCGAGUAGAUGCACAUUAUAUUUCAUCAUGUAUGUUUGUCUCAGCUGAGGGGAGGUUUGUUAAGAGUCAAUGCAAGUCUUCUGGAGUGUUGCUGGCUACUGUGUUGGGGUAUUUGGGUUUUUUUUUUAUAUAUGUAUGUUCUAUUCUGAAGAAACAAUUUGAAUAAAUUAAGUCCUUCCUUACAGAGAUCAGAGACUGGGUGGUUGGUGGGUGCUCUGGUGUGGUUUGCUCCUUUCCUCCUAUCAAAAAUCUCUAUCGUCCUUAUCUCUCCUUUUUUUUGUGUAUGUUACUGUAGCACAUCUAUUCUUCAGCACUUAUAUGACCUUAUUGUGUUGCAAGUGCCGUAAAACUCUUAUGAAAACUAAAAAGAAAUUUAAAAGACUGGUUCGUUGAAGUUUGUCUCAAGUGGACUCCAGUGUGAUGAGAUGCUGCUGUGAGUAGUGAGAGUGAAGAAUGUGAUGGUGAGUGAAUGAAGUGUAGAAGACCUUUUUUUUCUUCUCAUUAUGAACUGUUUCUUUUAUGCUCAUAUUUUUAUGUGCUAUUAUUUUGUUGUUGUUGUUCUAGCCAGUCAUUGCUGUUGACUGAAUUUACAGCCAGUCAUUGCUGUUGACUGAAUUUACAAAAAAUUAAAAACAACAAACAACAGAGGGAAAAGAGCAGAGGUCAAAAUUGUUCUUUUCCAUCCUUGUUUGUCUUUGUCAGGUCA